ACCCAAUUUCCUCUGAUCGAUUAACUAUAUUCUUUUUGUUUCUCUCUCUAAAUUUUGAUACCCCAGUUGCUCUCGUUCCCCUUUCCCCCAACAUUCAUCUUCUAAAUGAUUGUCCCAAUUAGGUUUAGGGUUUGAAUUGGCUUAUAUCAACACUUUGAGAGGGUGGAAUAAUGGGAAAGCCGAAGAUUGUCUGUGCUGUUUUUACGUAUGUGGUGUGCAUUAAUAUGUAAUUAGGUGUAGUUGGUGAUUGCACAUCGAAUCAGGUCUUUUGGGAAAGAUCUGGACAGUAGAGAGAGAGAGAGAGAGGUGUAGAGAGAGUGAAAACGAGUGAGACAAUUUUCAUUCUGGAAGAAUGAGCGCUUCAAGAUUCAUAAAGUGUGUGACUGUAGGUGAUGGCGCGGUUGGCAAGACCUGUCUCUUAAUAUCCUAUACCAGCAACACGUUCCCCACGGACUAUGUGCCUACAGUAUUUGAUAAUUUUAGUGCAAAUGUGGUCGUCAAUGGAAGCACUGUUAACCUAGGCCUGUGGGAUACUGCUGGACAGGAGGAUUAUAAUAGAUUGAGACCUUUGAGUUAUCGUGGAGCUGAUGUUUUUAUUCUGGCAUUUUCUCUCAUUAGCAAGGCAAGCUAUGAAAAUGUUUCCAAGAAGUGGAUUCCUGAAUUGAAGCAUUAUGCUCCUGGGGUCCCUAUAGUUCUUGUUGGCACAAAACUUGAUCUUCGAGAUGACAAGCAAUUCUUUGUUGAUCAUCCAGGUGCUGUGCCAAUCACUGCGGCACAGGGGGAGGAGCUCAGCACAUUGAUAAAUGCUCCUGCUUACGUUGAAUGUAGUUCUAAAACCCAACAGAAUGUCAAAGCAGUUUUUGAUGCUGCCAUUAAAGUUGUUCUCCAACCACCCAAGCAAAAGAAAAAGAAGGGAAAGGGUCAAAAGGCCUGCUCUAUUUUGUGAUCAGCAUUAGAUGUGAAGAUGUACUGUCUUCCGGUCAUCAUGACUCCUUCCUCUGCAUCCUGUUUCUCUUGGUUUUGCUUCAGAAGUAGGAGCUUCCCCUUGUAUGCCUUCACUCAAUGUACUAGUGAUCUAUGUAAUAGUGUUGGUGACUUGAAAUUCUGUGUAGUGCUUUUGGUCCCGAAUUGUUCAGUCACUCUUGAGGACACUGGGUUAUGCCUAUCCUGUUUUGAUUCGUUUUUUCCUUUAUUCUAUUGAGCAGACAUAAAAUUGUGAUGUUGGUUAAUGUUAAUGGUUCUUAAAUUUUGCCUUCGACUUAA